GUCGAGUCGGUUCGAAUCGGUUCGAAGCGGUCAAGAGUUGCAACAAAUCAAACUACUCCAUUCCCGUCUUCUUCUCUCAACCAAAGGCGCGGGAAGUUUCUACUAACCCUAACGCAUCGAUCAGAAGGCAAAGAACUCGCGAGAACAUCGACAAUGAACUCAGCAGGUCGAAGAAGCGGAGGAGGCCUUUUCGAAGGCCUGUACAGAGUGAUUAUGCGCCGUAAUUCUGUUUACGUCACCUUCAUCAUCGCCGGUGCUUUUCUCGGAGAGCGGGCUGUGGAUUAUGGAGUUCACAAGCUCUGGGAGUACAACAAUGUUGGGAAGCGGUAUGAAGACAUUUCAGUUUUGGGGCAAAGACCGUCGGAAGAAUGAACUUGUCAGCCGCCAAUUGAAAGCUUACACAAUCAUGGACACGAGGUAAAAAAAACUGGUGGCUUAGGAUGGUAAAUGAGAAUGUAUUUCCAAUGGAAAAAACGUUCUUUCUUUUCAGUCUGGAAAGUUUGUGUUUCUUCAUGAGAUUCUAAUCAUAUUUUAUUUGAUUAAGUUCGGAGUUCCGAGGUUUCGUAUA